UCCUGUAGCCUGUGGCCAGGGGUGGCUUUUGGAGUGCUCAGCUGCAUGCUGUGAACGCUCCUGGUGCCCUGGUAAAUGUUGUCUUUAGCUCUGUGUUUCUUGUCAGAGGGUCUGGUUCUGGUUUUUCAGUUGUUCUUUUAUUAUGUUUUUUUCAGCUUUUGUAAGUAAAUGCCUGAGGUGACAUCGCUGUGUGCCAGAGCAGCCCUAUGGGGGAGGCUGAAUGUUAAAUAAACCGCUGUCUGAAUUCCUCCCAAUUUCCUGUACGAAGAGAUGAGCCUUGCCCGAUGUCUGGAAGGCUAAUAAAUACAUUCAGGCUCUCACAGAUUAAGGGAGAAACAAAUCUGAAGGCUGUGGGGUCUUCACCGUGCUUAAAGGUGUGGAAUGUGUCUGUGAGACGGCACUAAAACUGUCCUUUCCACUUCUAUUUACUUUGGUGCCGAAUUUUCCCAGCUGAUAAUAAGAGGACGUUUUUUCCUUGCAUCUUCAGCCAUUGAAAUGCAGUGGCAGAGGGUUUGUAUUGGGGUGCGUUGCCCAACCCUCUGUGCCUUUUGGUGUGCUCACUGUGAGAUCCCUGCUCACGCUGUUGUGCAGCUGCUGUGUUCUCCUGCAAGCCUCAAUGGAAGGCUCUUGUAAUCAGAGUCUUGGGCUGAAGAGCCUUGGCCUGUGUUUUGACCUUGGGUGCCCCUUUCACUGCUGCUCUUUUUGUAUUUUCAAUGUUAACAGUGGUUGCUGGAGUACAGAAUGUGGGAGAUGCAUUGGAAAUAAAUAUGGAUUUGCUUGUUUUUAUACGGCCUCGUGCUAAGUGUCAUAGUACUGCUUUUCAUGCAGGCUCUUCCAUCUCAAGUGCCUGUCCUCUUGAGAUCUGCUUGCUUUUUUUUUUCGUGGAAUCGUAGAAUGGCUUGAGUUGGAUCCUCAAGGAUCAUCGAGUUCCCAGGCUCUGCCACAGGCAGGGCUGCCACCUGCUAGAUGAAGUACUUGACCAGAUUGCCCCAGGCUGUCCAGCAUGGCCUUAAACACCUCCGGGGAUGGAGCACCCACAGCCUCUCUGAGAUUUCUCUGAAAAUAGGAACCUUCUUGGAAGCAGGAGCUUUGUGUGAGGACGUGGAUGGUUUGGCACAGCCCUGCACCGAAAUUCAGGCCUCACAGAUCAGAUUCAAGAGGUUCUGUCACUCCUGUUGCCAGAUAACCAUUGCAUUUGAUAAACUUUUCCAGGAGCCAGAGCCUCAGUUUGCUUUGUCUCUUGACAAACAUCAUGAAUGCCCACUUCUUACAUUCCUCCACCGCCAUCCAUCCACGUCUUUCUGAAGAAAGAGCAGCUCAGCCAUCCCUGUUUGAGGGCGUUACUGCAGCCCCAGGUGAGACCUCAGCCCUGCUGUGAAUCACCAGCAGCCCUCUUGUAACCGAGCACAGGGGCUGCUGUGAGCUCCGACGUUGCGUGCAGCAAAAGGGUUGAAUGCCUCGGAAGGAAAAAACGUGCUGCUGCUUUUUAACUUUGGUUGGCUGUGAGAGCCUCUCCUUCUCCAACAAGGUUAUGGCAUACCUGGUAGAGGUAAAGACUUACAAGAGCUGAUCAUCCAGUGUGUGGUUCAGUCAGACAAAUGCAAGGUAAAAUAAUGCAAAAUUAAAACAGUUGAAGUGGAAACCAGGCUGUCUCCCUGGUCAGCUGAAUGGCCCGCAGUAACGCUGAGCAGGGCUGCAGGCUGCGAUGCUGACGUUCUGCUCUGCAGCCUCAAUAUUUCUUUUUCCUCUUGGCUGCCGCUCCUGGGAUUUUCUGUGUUGGAAACACUUUCUGGUACAGUCGAUCAAAAGGGCUCCCAUUGGUUCUCCCGGUGUUUUAAGAAGCAUCUCUAAGCAGUUCUUUGCAAGUCACCCUAAGGUCCAUGGAACCACCAGCAAAAGCUUGUGGUAGGGCUGGGCUGAGCGCUGCAGGCUGUGGCAGGUGUGGGGAAAUGAAUCAGAGCUCCGGUCUGCAGAUCCCGCUGGGGAUUUCCACUUGGAUUUCCCCUUCAGCAGAGCUGGUGGUUGUGAUCGCCACGCAGUGAAGGUUAAUAAUAAGUGGUAUGAAGGGGAGGUGAGCCCGCCGUAGAUAAAAGUGAAGUUACUUGGACUCCUCCAGGGGAUCGGUGCUUUCAGUCGACCUCUGCAUGUGAAAAGCUGUGAGCGGCUCAGCUCAGCACAGGCACCUGCAGAAUCUUUCUUUCAUUUGGCGAAGUUCUGACUUACAGGUCCUUACAAGUUAAUUUUUGAAACAAAAGAUUAACUGAAGUGCUUUGGAUUAGCGUGAGGCUGGCCCAGCUUCAAGGCAGCACGGUGUUUGGUUGCAUUACUUUGCAUUCUGACGGCGUGGGUCUUGGUUGGGAUGUGGGGGGUUCUGGCUCUGCCCCUCGUUGGGAUGCUUUUCAUCAGCUGGCAUUAGGGAAGGUUAUCGAGCAAGAGCUCCCUGCGGGGAUGGGCUGUGAGAGCUGUUUGAAAGCUGCGUGCGGUGCUUUGGGCAUCCGUGAAAAAUUGCUCCCACUUAAAUCUGUGGAAAGUUGGGGAGGGUUUAACUGCUCCUGAGUGAAAGAGGCUUCAAUGCUUCCCCAUACAGCAGGUACCGUGUGGAUGACUGGUGGGGCUCCCUGCUCUGUGCUGGAUGGGCCCCUGGAAACGCUCCCUGCCUGCAGCAGGCACACUGCGCUCUGCUGAGCAGUGCAGGGCUGGUUCUGGCCUCUGGGGGCCUUCCUGCCUAAUGAAGGCUUGGGCCCAGCAUCCAUGAUAACACACCGUACCUCGCAUAAAUUUAGAACAGAGUGCAGCCAAUUUUCACAUGCUGCUGCUACAUUAUUCUUUCUCAAGCUGUGCCAGAUAACUUCGUGCAGCAAAGCAGCUCCAGCUUUAUGAGUGCUAGGAUGGCUGGUUGGGGCCUGCAGAGCCGUCCUUCGGUGCUCGAGGAGUUGUGUGCACCCCUGCACUGCAGGUGUGUGGGUGCUGCUGAGGUGAAGAGCUCCCAGAGCCUUACACGGGAGAAGCUUCACGUGGAAGGUGGCUUUGUUGUGACUGUAAUCAUUUCUUAGCUCCCCUCUGCAAGGAUGUGGGCUGUGAGGACUUCACUGGCGUCAUCCCAUCCCUGUGGGCAUGGCAGGUGUGAUGACUUUGAGAACCUAGGUACUUUGCUUUUGCUUUUUUUCCCUUUGACUGCUGCCUUUUGUUUGUCCUGUCCAUUAAAAUUGUGCCCUGUGUGUAAGCUAGGGCCCCGUGCUCCGGUGGUGUCACAUUCCUAUAGCUGCUCUGCCCGCACCGAGCAGGAUGAGGGCUGUGUUUGUUCCUCAGCACCCGAGCUGCUCCCACCUGUGAUCUGUCACUCCCCAGCACUCACGUAGGAGCCUAUAGGCUCCUUUCCCAGGGCACUUAGUGCUUAGAACAGAACCUCGUCCUUUGGCUGCAUACUGUUGGGGCAGUGCUGGGGAGGUGCGGGUGUUGCCCCUGGGUCUGCAGCCAGGAACCAUCCAUAUAGGUGUACUGCUGUGGCUCUGUGGGUCAUAAAUGUUGCUGCUGAGAUGAAAUGGAAUUCUAAGGCUGUAUCCCUUGGCAUGUUCUCCAUGAUGCUGUGACUUUCCAGCUGAAGGGAGCUGAUGAAAUCUAUUGACUUUUCCAUCUCUUAGAAGACGCUGUGUAUUGUAAGAAUAAAAUGUGAAUUAAAAAAAAAAAAAAAGCAGCAACUGCUCUUUGAUGGAGGAAGAUGGGCCAGCAAACAAAUAUUUUCAGGCAAGUUGGCCGCUGAGGAGUUGUCCAUAGUUGAGCAAGAGCCGUGCUCCAACCCUGUGUUGGGCACAGCUGCAGUGCAGCGGGCAUCUGUGGUGCUUACAGCUCUCGGCUGGCUGUUAGCCCUGCUCAGGCCGUGCUUUGGUAAAUUCCUUUUCAGAGAUGCUUCAGUGUGAACUGUGGUGGGGCAGAGCUUGGGGCCGCUGCUGGAGCCAGUCCUGUCCUUACAAAGAGCUGCUUCCACCUGAAGCGCCCCAUCCAGGCCAAAGAAACGAUUUCUUUUGGCACUUGGGUUGACAGGAACAGGCUGAGUAGCACAAGCAGAUCUCCUUUGCGUCUCACUGGCCUGCAGUGCAUUGGGUUCUGUUGCGCUUGCAUGGCCGUGGUGCCCAUGCUGACAGCAGGCUGCUCAGGGCUGGGUGAAGCGAGGGCUGCGGGUGAUUUACAUGCUGCUGAGCCGUCUCCAGUUCUCUUUAAUUUAGAGAUGCAAAGCUGAGCCUGAAAGGAAUGAGCUCCAGAUAAUUAGGUGCUUGUCUGCAGGUGUAACCAGCGUGGCUGCCUGCAGCUGCUGCCCUUAAUAUUGCUGAUUUUUAUUUGGAAGCAUUGGGGAAUGAAUGAGAUGCUGGGAACGCUGCUCAUUCGCAGCAAAGAUUCUGCUGUUCUAUUCCUCCCACCCCAUUCCAUCAGCUGUGGUGAGGCUGAAGGGCAGUGUGGCACAGAGCAGGUAAGGGUGCUGGGAGAGGGUUUUGGUGGAAUGGGCGCUGAGUGCAGAAGUUGGAGCAUAGAGAGAUGUGUGCAGUGUAGAUCAGGCGAUGUUACGGCAGGCAGAAUGGGCAGGAAGCACCUGGGUUACUUAAAAUGAAGCACUAAGAUAAAUGAUACGUAAUUAGGUAAAAAGCUCAAGAUAAAUUUCAGGACGAGUUUUGAUUUUCAGGGAGAGUGCUGGGUGGGAGCACAGUAUGAUCUGGGUAAAUGCUGACAGCCUCACUGCUUGCAGCGUCUGGAUUGGGACUGCGCUUGGGAGCAGUGCUUAAUGAGGAGCCCUUAAUUAGCAGAGGGACAGGCGAGCCCAUGGCUUUGUUAGUGCUGAGUGGGGAUGGAGCCCUGUGAGGGAGUGGGCAGCAGUGGGGAGCUGCCCGGAGCAGUGCUCUGCUGGGCACGAGGCUGUUAGGGCAGCACAGAGCUGCGCAUUGUGUGGUUGUUGCACAUGUAAAAUAGCUCAUAAUUGAAAAUGUAAAGAGAGUUUGGUUGUGCCAUUUAAUAGAGAGAAUAAGGUGAUGGAAUAAGAGGCCAGUUUACAUAAACGCUUUGUUGAUCCACUUACAUUUUAUACCUCCUGACAAAUGGCAAUGCGGUUGUGAGUGUUGACUCCACAUGUUGCAGUAAGGGUCUUUAUAUCAGGCUGUAAAACAUUGAAGCAAGCUUAAUAAUGGCUUUUGCCUGAAGAUCCUUUUGGUUAUGAGUAAGUACAGCAGGUGGUGAAUCUCAGAGCAUGGUUUGCAUCUGCUUGCAGCAGUAGAGCUGCAGUAUGCAGCCUGGUUGUUGCACGCUGUGUACCCACUGUAAACCCCACUGCUGCCAUUUUGCAAACACCUUUUAAUUUGAUUUGAGCAGUCAGCAGUCUGUCCUUGAUGUCAGGAUUAAUGAGGGGUGUGAGGAGGAUGUGGCUUCUUAGAGAAGUCUUUGCCUGUGUCUCUGAACCUCUGACUGCAGUUUGAUGUGCUCAUGCCAGGAAAAGUUGUUUAAUUUUUGGGGUGUCUCAGUGGGUUUUGCUGAUUUAAAGUACCUGCUAAACAACCAGGCACGUGGCUGCGCUGCUGCUCCACUGGGGCACAGGAGCAGCUGCUUUGGAGCAGAAAGUUGGGAGGAUUUGCACAACUUCUUCCUGAGGAGUUCAUGCUGUGAUGGAGUUUCCCUCAGACACGGAGCGCUGAUGCUGCCAGCACCGCUGAUUCCCUUACAUUCCGUGCACCAGAAAGCUGCAGAUGGUGCUGAGGGUUUGGGUUUGCUGUGGUUCUAUGCUCUGUACGCUCACCUGAUGGCUUUGUCUCAUACUUUCCACUGUUUAAUGCACACGUGGUACAAGCAGGGCCGUGCAGUGGGGUUGUUUAACCCUGGGAGUUGGCAGAGGGCUCACUUGUGCUGGAAAGGAGGGAGAUUUUGGAGAGGAAUUCCUCCUGGCUGUAAGUGCUGCGCAUUUGUUGUCUGUGUGGCAUGGCACCUUGGAUGGCAUGCAGCAACGGGGGCUGAAUUACCCUGGUAGCAGAGUGCUGAGGGCAGGCUGCACUGACCACCUCGCUUGUGGCCCUGGAGCAGCGCUCUGCCCAUCCCAUCCUAUCCCAUAGGAGCCCUGCGAGCACUGUGCUGCCCAUCCCAUCCCAUCCCUUCAGAGCCCCGGGAGCACUGUGCUGCCCACCCAGUGCCUGCAUUUGUCAGAAGCCGGGUGCAGGAAAUAAGCACUUUCUCCAUCCUUUGGAUCUCAUUAAAGCUUAGUGGAACUUAAGGCACUUCUGUAUCCUUCAGUCUUGUGCUCAGAUCAAGUCCUGUAGCAGAAGGACUUAGAGGUUUCCUUUUAAUCUGAUGAGAACCAUCACUUUCCAGAAGUGAUGUGGAAGCAGCUGCCCUGGCAGCAGCACCCAGCCCUGGGCGCAGGCAGCGAGCUGACUGCUCAGAGAAGAUUAUUUUCCCAUGGCUUACAUGAGUUCUAAAAUAAGAAAAUAAAUCCUAACCUGCUCGAGGAUGAAACAGUUUUUCCAAACUCAGGAACGGUCCCUUUUGGAGCAGGGAUUGCUCAUUUGUUUGUUCCUUUCCCUCUUUAUUUCCUCUGGGUGCCCUUUCCAAGUUGGGAGAACUACAGCAGUUGGCUCCACACCGAGACGUAAAACCUGUUGGCAGCAGCUCCGCUGUGUGGGCAGGAGGCGACUUACUGCCACAUGGAGGCAAGUGCAAACAGGGCGAUGGUGGCUGUGGCUCUGCGUGGGGAGGAAGUGGCGCUGCCCCCACGUCCCUCCCCGUGCUGCUUUCCUUAACAUGCUGCCCUCAGGAUCCCCCGCGGCCCCGUGCAGCAGCCCCUGGAGGAGCGGAUCUUCACGCCGACCGUCUCUGCCGUGUACAGCACUGUAACACAAGUAGCAAGACAGCCGGGUCCUCCUGCCCCAUCCCCUUACACUACACAUGAAAUAAAUAAGGGACACCCAAAUAUUGCUGCAACGCCACCGGGACACGCGUCGUCCCCAGGGCUCUCGCAGGCUCCUUACCCCUCAGGACAGAAUGCAGCUCCAACCACGCUGGUGUACCCUCAAGCCCCUCAAACAAUGAACACUCAGCCUCAGACCCGCUCGCCGUUUGCAGCGGGGCCUCGACCUGCCCAUCACCAGUUUUUUCAGAGGCCUCAGAUCCAGCCUCCACGAGCCACCAUCCAGAACAGCAGCCCUUCCAUCCGUCCUGGUGCACAAACACCGACCGCAGUGUAUCAGACCAACCAACACAUCAUGAUGGUUAAUCACCUGCCGAUGCCGUAUCCCAUGCCUCAGGCCCCCCAGUACUGUAUACCACAGUAUCGCCACAGCGGCCCACCCUACGUCGGGCCCCCCCAGCAGUACCCUGUGCAGCCGCCGGGGCCGGGCCCCUUCUAUCCAGGACCGGGUCCUGGGGAAUUCCCCAACGCCUACGGAACACCUUUCUACCCGAGUCAGCCGGUGUAUCAGUCAGCACCCAUCAUAGUGCCUACGCAGCAGCAGCAGCCUCCACCAGCAAAAAGAGAGAAAAAAACGAUCCGGAUCCGGGAUCCGAACCAGGGGGGCAAAGAUAUAACAGAAGAAAUAAUGUCCGGCGGGGGCAGCAGGAACCCAACGCCGCCCAUCGUCAGACCCACCUCCACCCCAACCCCGCCUCAGCUGCCCAGCCAGGUCCCAGAGCCCGGCCCUGUGCUCUAUGGGCCAGUGGAGAGCAGCCACCUCACUGCCAGCACUGCCGGCCCCGCAGCCAUCGCCCCGAAGCAAGAAGAGAAGCCAAAACCAGACCCAGUAUUAAAGCCGUCUUCUCCCGUGCUCCGGGCAGAGCCCACAGCAGAGAAGCAGGACCCGGCCCUGCCGGUGGCUGAGCCCAGCCCUCCGCACAGCCCGCCGGCCCCCGCUGCGGCCCCAUCGCCGCCCCCCGCCCCGCUUGCGGCCGCUGCCACCGCCGCUGCUGCUAAACCUUCGCCCACCGCCGACCCCGAGGAGAGAUGUGAAGUCGCUUCCCCCAAGGAGGAGGCGAUGCCUCUCCCCAGCCUGGACGUGUCGCACCCAGUGCCCACAGAGGAGCCCCGUGGCGAGGCGUGCCAGGAGGCGGGCAGCCCUAUGGCACCCGGCGAUGUGCCGGUGACUGUGAGCGUGAGCAUGAACACCAGUAAGGAACUGAACGGAGUGAGUGAGAGCGUCGCUGCCGCAGAGAGUGGGGCCGACGUGGCUGCAGGGGAUGUUGUGCCGCUCGCUGCUGACCCACAGGAACCAGAGGCAGCUCCCGGGGACCUGGGCUCCGUGCCCCCCCCCAGCAUCCCCCGUGUAGCCCCAUCCCCGCCGCCCGCCCCAGCUCCCAGCCCUCCUUCUCCUCCUGCUGCUCUGACCAGUACAGCCCCUUCCCCACCACCGCCUCUGCCUCCUGGUGCCCCCCCUGCUCAGGGAGAUGUGGAGGGAGAGGAAGGCGCAAGGACUGCUCCUAGUGAAGAGCUGACAGAUGCUGAGAAGAAGGAGGAGACAGAGGCGGAUGGGCAACUGGAGGAGAGCACGGAGGCUCUGAGCUUGAGCUCUAGCAAGAGUCCUGUCCCAGCCUCAACUGCUGUAACUGCACCAAAGACGUGGAAGAAACCAAAAGAGUGGACCCAGGGCACUGAGGAGGUGACAGAGACAGAGGCAGAGCCUAAAGUAGAAGAGGAGCUCUCGAGUGACAAAGUACUUGAAUCUGAACAGGAUAACAUGAGCCACGGGUUUCAGCUGGAGAGAGACCCCUCCGAACUUAAAAAAGUGAAACCUGUGGAAGAGAACGGAGAGCAGGAGGCAGAGCCUGUCCGCAAUGGUGCUGAGAGCAUGUCGGAGGGAGAGGGGCCCGAUGUGACCUUGGGCUGCACAGAGGGCUCUGCUGAAGGGCCUGCACUGCAGUACAAGCCAGAGCAGUGGAAGCCUCUGGACCCGGAUGGGAAGAAGCAGUACGACAGGGAGUUCCUGCUGGACUGCCAGUUCAUGCCUGCCUGCAUCCAGAAGCCAGAAGGGCUGCCUCCCAUCAGCGACGUGGUUCUCGACAAGGUGAGAGGAGAGCCCAUCAAACAGGUCAACCAGCCCAAAUUGCCACUGAGGACCCUGGACCCUCGGAUACUGCCUCGAGGCCCAGACUUCACACCAGCCUUUGCUGAUUUUGGGAGGCAGCCUUCCGGUGGAAGAAACGUAUCUGGAAGUGCCUGCAAAGUGCAGAGCGGCCCUGGAUUGCCGUCCCUGGCUCGGUGCGGUUCCCCAGCAUGCCCUCUCUUGGUCUCGCCUCACCCACCAUUGAGGAACCUGCCAAUAGGGUUGUUGAAUGUUGGACCGAGGAGAUCUCAGCCGGGCCAGAGGAGGGAGCCCAGGAAGAUUAUCACGGUGUGUGUGAAGGAGGAUGUUCACCUGAAGAAGGCAGAGAACGCCUGGAAGCCGAGCCUGAAGAGGGAGAACCAAACUGAGGACCCUGAAAAUGUCAAAACCCAGGAGCUGUUCCGCAAGGUACGAAGCAUCUUAAACAAGCUGACUCCCCAGAUGUUCAAUCAGCUUAUGAAGCAAGUCACAGACCUGACGGUAGAUACUGAAGAGAGGCUAAAAGGAGUCAUCGACCUGGUCUUUGAGAAGGCUAUUGAUGAGCCGAGCUUCUCCGUGGCGUAUGCAAACAUGUGCAGGUGCCUCGUGACGCUGAAAGUGCCCAUGGCAGACAAACCUGGGAGCACAGUGAAUUUCCGCAAGUUGCUGUUAAAUCGCUGCCAGAAGGAAUUUGAAAAGGACAAGGCUGACGACGAUGUCUUUGAAAAGAAACAGAAAGAGCUUGAAGCUGCUACCACUCCAGAGGAGAAGACCCGGCUCCACGACGAGCUGGAAGAGGCCAAGGACAAAGCGCGGCGGAGAUCCAUUGGGAAUAUAAAAUUCAUCGGCGAGCUUUUCAAACUGAAAAUGCUGACGGAAGCGAUCAUGCAUGACUGUGUGGUAAAGCUGCUAAAAAACCACGAUGAGGAGUCCCUCGAGUGCCUUUGCCGCUUGCUGACUACCAUUGGCAAGGACUUGGACUUUGAGAAAGCAAAGCCUCGCAUGGACCAGUAUUUUAAUCAGAUGGAGAAGAUUGUGAAAGAGAGGAAAACGUCUUCAAGGAUUCGGUUCAUGCUGCAGGAUGUGAUAGACCUAAGGCUGUGCAACUGGGUUUCACGGAGAGCAGACCAAGGCCCGAAGACCAUUGAGCAGAUUCAUAAAGAAGCCAAGAUAGAAGAGCAGGAAGAACAGAGGAAGGUCCAACAACUCAUGACCAAAGAGAAGAGGAGACCAGGUGUCCAGCGAGUGGAUGAAGGCGGAUGGAACACUGUGCAGGGGACAAAGAACAGCAGAGUGCUGGACCCUACCAAGUUCCUUAAAAUCACCAAGCCCACAAUAGAUGAGAAGAUUCAGCUUGUGCCUAAAGCCCAGUUGGGCAGCUGGGGAAAGGGCAGCAGUGGUGGAGCAAAGGCAAGCGAGAUGGACUCCCUACGACCAAGUGCCACUAGUUUGAACAGAUUUUCUGCACUGCAGCCUCCAGUCUCAUCUGUAUCUGCCUCAUCUGCAUCCUCAGAACUAGAUUCUCGCAGGGCCUUAACAAGUCGCGGGAGCACAGGCAGGGAGAAGAACGAUAAACCUCUCCCACCUUCCCUGUCCCGCCCCAACACCUUCCUCCGGGGCAGCAGCAGUAAGGAGCUGCUGCUCGACAAUCAGGCACAGGAGGAGCAGAGGAGAGAGAUGCUGGAGACGGUGAAGCAGCUGACAGGCGGCAUGGAGAUGGACAGGAACAGCGCAGAGGCAGAGAGGAGCAAAGCCAAGGAGUCUGCCAAGCCAGAAGCUCCCCCAGCCCCAGUUCAAGAGAAGCCUUCUUUAUCAGAAGAGGAAAUUGAGAGAAAAUGCAAAUCUAUCGUUGAUGAGUUCUUGCAUAUUAAUGAUUUUAAGGAGGCGAUGCAGUGCGUGGAGGAGCUGAGCGCCCAGAGCCUGCUGCCUGUGUUUGUGCGAGUGGGAGUGGAGUCAACGCUGGAGAGGAGUCAGAUCACCAGGGAUCACAUGGGCCAGUUAUUACAUCAGUUGGUGCAGUCAGGAAAGCUGAGCAAGCAGGAUUUCUUCAAGGGGUUUUCAGAUACCUUGGAGAUGGCAGAUGACAUGGCCAUAGAUAUACCCCAUAUAUGGCUGUACCUAGCUGAGCUGGUGACCCCCAUGUUAAAAGAAGGAGGAAUCUCUAUGAGAGAACUUAUACAAGAAUUUAGCAAACCUUUACUUCCUGUGGGAAGAGCCGGGGUCUUGCUUGCUGAAAUCUUGCACCUUCUAUGCAAACAAAUGAGCCAUAAGAAAGUGGGAGCCUUAUGGAGGGAGACUGGCCUCAGCUGGAAGGACUACUUACCUGAAGGGGAGGAUGUACAUACCUUUCUCAUGGAACAAAAGUUGGAGUUCACGGAGUCUGACUGUUCCAGUUCCCCAGAAGCACUUUCAGAGAAAGAACUCUCCGCAGAAGAGCUGAACAAGCAGCUAGAAAAACUCAUUGUUGAGGACAAGGCGAAUGAUGAACAAAUCUUUGACUGGGUAGAGGCUAAUCUAGAUGAAAGCCAGAUGAGUUCACCUACAUUCCUUAGAGCUUUAAUGACAGCAGUCUGUAAAGCAGCUAUUAUAGCGGACUCUUCUAGCUUCCGUGUGGACACUGCUGUUAUCAAGCAGAGAGUGCCGAUCUUACUCAAGUACCUGGACUCAGACACAGAGAAGGAACUACAAGCACUUUAUGCACUACAAGCAUCAAUAGUAAAACUUGAUCAGCCUCCCAAUUUGUUGCGGAUGUUCUUCGAUUGCCUGUAUGAUGAGGAGGUGAUUUCAGAGGAUGCCUUCUACAAGUGGGAAAGCAGCAAGGACCCAGCAGAGCAGAACGGGAAAGGAGUAGCGCUGAAAUCUGUCACAGCAUUCUUCACAUGGCUACGGGAGGCUGAAGAGGAGUCAGAGGAUAAUUAAAACUUAAAAUACAGGAAAAAAAACAAAAACAAAAACACACACAAAAAACAAUUUAAGUAUUUUUUUAAAGAGUUUCACGUCUUCGCCAAUCACAGUGCAGCAAGGCCAAUUCUCGCGCAGACCCCCUUCCCCCACACACGCACGAGUGGGAGAGAUAACAUAGAUAAACACAAAGGUGAUCAUGGAGGAAAAAGGUACUUGAAAAAAACAGUAAACUUCAAACCUGGCGGGAGCACUAAACCAAAAUCCAUGUAUUAUUUAUAGAAAAUAUUUUCUGUUUUAAUCUUUUUUUUCUUUUCUUUUUAAACGAGGACUCAAAUACACAAAGCAAAACAAACCUGUUUAGCAAACAAAAAAAAAAAAAAGUUUAAAACUUUUAAUUUAUUAUUUUAAGGACUGCAAAUGCCAGUGUAAUUUUUAAAUUUGCAGUUUCUGUAAACAAAUUGUAUAAUAGAACAAAA